ACAAAUCAAUUUUCCUUUUUUCUUGUCUUCUUCAACCUUUCUCUCACUAGCGUAUAGGGAGAGGGAAAGAGAAAGAGAAAGACAAAAAGAGAGAAGAUUAUUUAGAUUCAAGGAUGGGUAAUUGUGCUGGUUCGCCCAAAACCAAGGGAGACAACGAUGCGCUGCCGGCACCUGAGCCGGCCAAGGACGAGUUGGCGCAGGUGAUCGACGAGGAGCCCAAGCUUCAGCCUGAAGAGAAGAAGGAAGAUGGACAUGAUGACAAACAGAACCAUGGUGGCGACAACUCCGUCGUCGAUGACAAUAACGCCUCGUCUCUUGUCUCCUUGCUCGAUGAGAAGGAAAAAAAGAAAGAAGCAAAAGAGAAUGAAAGGGCAAUCGAAGUUCCAUCAGAAAGUAAAGAAGAAGAAAAGCCAAAGACUGAGGAGGAGGUGGAGGCAAAGGAAGAAGAGAAGCCAAAGACUGAUCAUGAAGUAAAGGUUGAAGGUGAAGCAGCCAUGAAAGCAUUUGAGGCUCCAGCAGAUGCAAAAGCCGGCGAAGCAGAGGAGAAGAAAGCAGCAGAUAAUUAAGUGCUUGUGUCCAUGUAAUUUUAAGAGGCCAUUUACAGAAAAAUGCAGCUUUUAUUUCUAUUUUGUUCCCAAGAGAAAUUCAGUGAUGUGGUGCUUCAUU